CUAUAGCCCCUUAAGGGAGUACUUGUAGAGGUACCGAGGGUUAACACCUACGGCGUAUUUAAUAUUAUUUUAUUUCAUAUUCUGCAAAGAGAAGACAGUAUAGACAUGGCAGACGCCGAUAAAGUCAUCCACAAUGCUCCUCCACCGCCCAAGGAAGCGCGACCACCAGUUCGAUGGUAUCGGUCAACCUUCUACAACAUGACCGUUCUUGGUCUCUGCAAUCUUGCUGCACCUGGAAUUUGGGGAGCUAUGAACUCCCUGGGCGCUGGCGGCUCUGCUUCUCCCCAGUUGGUAAACGCCUCUAAUGCUCUGACCUUCUGCCUCAUGGUAUUCUCUUGUUACUUCUCGAGCGCAAUUGUUCACUACAUUGGGAUCAAGGGGGCGCUUAUCUUUGGCACGAUGGGAUACGCACCUUUUGCUGCUGGUCUUUACACCAACAAUCGUUUCGGAACCGAGUGGCUCACCAUAUUUGGCGCUGCGCUAUGCGGCAUCUCCGCCGGCGUCUUCUGGAUGGCCGAGGCAGCCAUCGCAAUCGCUUACCCGGAGCCUUGGAACAGGGGUAAAGCCCUUGGGUAUUGGCUGACAUACCGACUGUCUGGACAGAUCCUCGGGGGUGCCAUAAACCUGGGUCUGAACGCGGACAAUAACGGCGCCGGGAAAGUCUCGUACACUGUAUAUCUUAUCUUCAUCGCUAUUCAGGCCUCGGGGCCUGUCGUGGCUUUAUUCCUCAACAAGCCCUCGCAGGUGGAGCGACAGGAUGGCAAGAAGGUAACAUUGUCGAUUCUUGAGCAUCCUUGGAAGGAGAUGAAGGUCACAGCGAGAAGUUUUAUGCAACCUAAGUUCCUGCUGGUGAUACUUUGGAUCGGACAGGCUGUGUUUUCCGAGGCCGUGUACUUCACUUACCUUGCCUUGUGGUUUUCCGUCAGAGCGCGGGCUCUUGGUUCCUUCCUCUCUGGUGUCGUCGCCGUCAUCGCUGGAAAUCUUCUUGGGAAUUGGCUCGACCGCACCCAGGUUUCGCAUAGAAUACGCACACGCUCUACUUUCUGGGCCUUGGUCAUCACGCAAGGCGCGUGGUGGCUUUGGGCCACGGUACUCGCGACCAAGUUCCGGCAAGCACAGCCGACGUACGACUGGGCCAGCCCAGGCUUCGGUGCGGCUUUCGCCGUGUACAUAUUCUUGACUGUCGGCUUUCAAGCCAACUAUUUGUUCCUGUACUUUAUCAUUACCAACUUGGCAGAUCGGGAAGAUGAAGUGAUUCGGUAUGCUGCAUUAUUGCGGGGCACCGAGUCAGCUUGGCAAGCGGUUGGUUAUGGUCUCACCUCCAUCACCGUUUUUGCCGAGGUUGGGGCAAUCUACAUAAACUUUGGGCUUUGGGCUGCUGCGAUCUUGCCAGCUUGGCUGGUUGUUCGUAAGUUUGGGUUGGACUCCCAAGUUAAGGGAUAUGCUGAGGAGGGAAUGGAUCAAGGUAGCUCCAAUGUGACUACGGUGUUCUUGGAUAAAGUAGCAUAG